CUCUUUCAAAACUACAACGCGCCUCGAAUAGUGCCUAGCAUCCCAGAUAACUAUUUCGUACAUUUUUGAAAUAUGUCAUCAACAAAAUUAAUUUUAUAUGGCUUGGAAUUAAGUCCACCAGUACGUGCUGUUCUCCUCACACUCAAAGCACUAAAUUUGGAUUAUGAUUUUGUAGAGAUUGAUACCACAACAGGCCAGCAACUGACAGCGGAAUAUUUGAAGAAAAAUCCACAACAUACAGUACCACUGCUAGAGGAUGGUGAACACUUUAUUUGGGACUCUCACGUCAUUUGUGCCUAUUUGGUACGUAAGUAUGGAAAGGAUGAUACGCUUUAUCCAAAAGACUACUACCAACGCGCUGUAGUUGAUCAGCGCUUGCAUUAUGAAAAUGGAGUUUUAUUCACGACUUGUCUUAAACAAAUCGUAACACCAAUCUUCCGUGAAAAUAGUACCGAAAUACCGAAGGAAAAGAUUGAUCAAAUACAUGAAGCUUACGCCAUGCUUGAACUAUUUCUCGGCGAGCACUUAUACAUGGCCGGUGGUAAGUUGACAAUUGCCGACUUUAGUAUUGUGUCAACUGUGAGUACAUUCAAAAUGGCGUUUGCUGCAGUGGAUGCUGUCAAGUAUCCGAAAUUAACUGCUUGGUUGGAGCGUAUGAAUGCUUUGCCAUAUUAUGCUGAGGUGAAUUUAAAAGGUGCUCGGGACUUUAGCGAACGUAUCAAGAGUAAACUUCCUAAACAUUUCGAUAAAUUGUGGCAAAAAGCUAUGGCUGAUAUUAAAAGUGGAAAGCAUUAAGAAGAUUCUUCAUGGAAUUGUGAAAGUAGUAGUGAAAAUUAUUACAUAAUAGCUCUGGUGAAAAAGUUUGUUUUGAUGAUAAAACUUAUCUCAAACAAAAUAAAUAUUUGUUUAAAC